UUAAUUGCGGAAUCACGCGACCAAUUGAUUCUUCUCCCUCCACUCGAUUACUCUCUCGAUCUCUCCUUUCUCCGAUUGUUUGUUCUCGCGAGAAGGAAGCUUCCAAUUCUAGUUGGCGUUAACUCUUAUUUAUCUACCAGUUGAAGUAUGUUUUACGAUGGAUACGCGUAUCAUAGAACUACCUUUGAGCAGACUUACCGGUGUUAUCCCUCAUCCUUUAUUGAUAAGCCUCAAAUUGAAAGUGGUGACAAGAUUAUAAUGCCACCAUCAGCUCUUGAUCGUCUAGCCUCUUUGCAUAUCGAUUAUCCAAUGCUCUUUGAGCUUCGUAAUACUUCAACGGAUAGUGUUUCUCACUGUGGAGUCCUUGAGUUCAUCGCAGAAGAAGGCGUGAUUUACAUGCCCUACUGGAUGAUGCAGAACUUGCUGUUGCAAGAAGGAGACAUUGUGAGAGUUAGAAAUGUCACUCUUCCUAAGGGAACCUAUGUGAAACUACAACCCCAUACAACAGACUUUCUCGAUAUAGCUAACCCGAAAGCCAUCUUAGAGACCGCCUUGAGGAACUAUUCAUGUCUAACUGUCGGAGAUAGCAUUAUGGUCCCAUACAACAAUAAGAAAUACUUCAUAGAUAUACUGGAGGCAAAACCUUCUAAUGGUAUCAGCAUCAUAGAAACUGAUUGUGAGGUUGAUUUUGCUCCUCCCCUUGAUUACAAGGAACCCGAACGACCUGUAGUACCUGCUUCAGCUAAAGGUCAAGCAAAAGCUAAGGAGGUUCCUGUGGCUGAAGCCGAACCAAAGUUUAACCCUUUCACGGGUUCGGGAAGACGUUUGGAUGGACGACCUUUAUCCUAUGAACCGCAACCUAUUGCUGCUAAUAGUAACGGCCAAUCACACUCUCUAGCAAGUAGUAGUGGGUCAGAGAAGGCUAAACAACAAACUCAAGGGAAACUUGUGUUUGGUUCAAAUGUAGACCGGUCUACUAAAGAGACAACAAAGGUUGGAGCUGGGAAAGAAAGAAAGCAAGAGGAAGAGGCUGAGAAGAAAGACAAGUUCAACGCUUUUAGUGAUCAAACCUCUGAUAUCCAUUGGUUUACUCUUUGCCGGAAACCUAACGGACAACAAUUCUCCGGCACCGCCUCUGAUCAUCGCCUGGUCCAUAUCCCCUCUCUCCCUCCUAUGCCUAUACAAGGAAGCUAUGUUGGCAUUGGUUCGAACAUCUUUGUGAUGGGUGGAUUUUGCAAUUGGAAGAUCACAUCGAGUGUUUCGCUCAUUGAUUGUCGAACUCACACGGCUCAGACUCUCCCUGACAUGCCUAAGGCCGUUGCUAUUUCCGUCACAGAGCUCAUUGAUCGGAAGAUUUAUGUAAUCGGAGGAUCAGAUACGCUCUCGCCGUUGAAAUCGCCAUCAAGAAGUAUGAUGGUGUAUGAUACUGAUACCGAAAUGUGGGAACUUCGGGCUAGGCCAGAUUGGGAGGCAGGGAAAAGAUGGUUUAGCAGUGUGGUAAUAGGAGGUAAGAUUUACAUGAGGACUUAUUACAAUAGCUUUGUUUACGAUCCGAAUGAAGAUAGUUGCGAUAGAGACGAGGUUCUGCAUUCUAAGGAGUGGUCGAGUUCGUGUGUGAUAGAUGAUGUGUUGUAUUACUAUGAUGUUCGUGGGAAUUGUUUGAGAGCUUAUGAUCCAAAGCAGAGAUCUUGGGGAGUGGUUAAAGGUUUUGAAGGAUUGUUGCCUGAGGCUUGUAAGUGGUCGAAAACUGUGAGUUGCACCGGUGGAAAUUUGGUUCUGUUCUUGCAGAAAACAGAGGAAACAGAGAUUUGGUCUGCGGAAAUCGCAGUGGAAAGACGUGAAGGUGGAGAGAUUUGGGGUAAAGUGGAGUGGUGUAGUGUUGUGCUUGAUGGGAAUUUUCACAUAAUGGAUUGUGUAGCUGUUGAGCUCUGAUCUUGUGAUGAACCUUUGUUGUCCCCUGUUCUUGUGUGUUUACUAGCUAGCUUAUGAAUGUGCUUUAAAACUUCCCUGUAUUCUUCUGUUUAUUAGCGUAAGUUUGUAUGGGUGAUGUUGUUUUUGGUGGGGGCAAUUUUACUUACAUUUGUUAAUAAGAGUCCCCUGCUGCU